CUUCUUCUUCUUCUUCUUCUUCUUCGACAGUUCUUACCCAUUACUAAUUAACCCAAUUGUUAGUUUACUCAUCAUUAACUGCAACUCAUCUCAAGUCAAUUCAUAUAAUAUAUAUUUACGUAUCCUUUUUGUACUGUAUUUAUAUCUUCAUCCAUUCUCCUCAUCCCUCUCCCCCCCACCAGUAAUUUUUCAUUCUCCUCGACAAGUUUGUUAAAUUCUUAUAAUCAAUUCAUAUAUCAAUUCAUAUAAUAUAAUCAUCAUCACACAAUGUUAGCUAUUGGAGAUUCUAUCUUACGUGCCGUCAACUUUGUCAUCUUAGUCAUUGCUUUAGGUUUAACUGCUUCUUUAAGUGCCUCAACCAUCACUCAAAAUAAUCCUCAAGUUAACUUUGGGGUUUUCGCUGCUGCUUUUGGUCUUUUAACUUCAUCAUUUUAUGGUGUUUUAGCUUACUUUUUUGAAAUCUUUGCUUGGCCAAUUCUUUUAUCCUUGUUUGAUUUCUUAAACUUGAUUUUCACUUUUGCUGCUGCCACUGCUAUCGCUGCUGGUAUUAGAGUUCACUCUUGUUCAAACUCUGAAUACGUGGACAAUAAUAAUAUUACUCAAGGUUCAUCAGGUAGAUGUAGAAAAGCUCAAUCUUCAGUUGCUUUCCUUUACUUUUCCUUUUUUAUCUUUUUAGUUUCUGGAGUUUUCUCCAUCAUUUCAAUCACUCAAGGUGGUUUAUUCGGUACUUCAAAGAGAUCAGCUCCAAGAGUUGGUAUUCCAACCACCUCUCAAGUUUAAACUUGAUUGAUAGCAUCAUCUACUUUAUUACAACUAUCGUUUAAUAUUCAGAAAAAGAAUUUAAUCAAUCAAUUCAUCAACUAAUCCUCUCCCCUAAAAUAAUUAAUCUUAAAAGUUGAAUUCAAUUCAAUUCAUUAUAUUUUUAAUUCAUUAAACAAGUCGUUUUUUUUACUUAUUCACUGUUAUAACUCAACAACAAUAUCACCAAAUUUUAUUCUUUCCCUUUUUUUUUAUCAUUCAAUAUCUGUUUUAUAUACACAUUUUUACUAUUCCUUUUCCAUUCCCAAUACGUUUUGUUAGCCCUUUUUCUGUUGUUUUGUUUGUUUGUUUGUUUGUUUGUCUGUCUGUAUCAAUUUCAAAGGAUAUGUGUUGAUCAAAAAUACACAUUCUACAAAUAUAUUACUACCCCAUCAAUUACUUUU